AUGCAUCUCUCCCAAGCCGUAACAAUCGCAACCGCUGCGGCGGCCCCGCGGUUCGCAAUGUUCUACGACCAGUGGCACACUGCGUCUCCUAGCAAAGACCAGAUGGCCGGAGUAACACAUGUAAUCACCGCAUUUGCCGGUUCUACACUGUUCACAAGCGAUCCGGCCGACUCCUACUCUCCGUUCGUAGACGUGGGAACACUCCGCAGCCAAUUCCCUGACGGAACCAAGAUGUGCGUGGCGAUUGGAGGAUGGGGUGACACUUCUGGAUUCUCCGCCGGCCAAAAGGACGACGCGUCGAGGAAGACUUUUGCGAAGGGUGUUGCCGCGAUGCUCGAAAGCCACGGUUACGACUGCGUCGACAUUGACUGGGAAUACCCCGGUGGUAAUGGUGCAGAUUAUAAGCAGAACCCCAACUCUGGCAAGGUCGACGAGAUCGCCAACUACGCCUUGCUACUGCAGGAAAUCAAGUCAGCGAUCGGCGACAAGGAGCUUUCCAUCGCCGUUCCCGGCCUCGAGAGUGAUAUGAUUGCCUUCACCCCCGAGCAAGUCCCCAAGAUCAAUGAUGCUGUCGAUGUAGUUAACGUUAUGACAUACGACUUGAUGACCAGACGCAACACCCAAACCACGCACCACACCUCCGUCAAAGCGUCCCUAGCCACGGUCGACAAGUACAUCUCCCUCGGCAUGGACGCCUCCAAGCUCAACCUUGGCUUCGCCUUCUACGCGAAAUACUUCGUCACCGAAGGCGAAUGCACGCAGCCGAUCGGGUGCCCCACAGUCGAGCUGGAAGACGCCAACGGCGACGACACGGGAAAAUCCGGCGCCGUGACUUUCCUCGAGGGGUCCCCGAUCCUGUCCAGCGGCAAGGCGGAUACCGAGGAGGGCGGCCAGUGGUACUGGGACGCGGCCGAGAGCAAGUUCUGGACGUGGGACACGCCCGAGUUUAUCGCGCAGAAGUUCGAGCAGAUUGUUAAGGCGAGGGGGCUAGGUGGCGUUAUGGCAUGGAGCUUGGGUGAGGAUACAGCAGACUGGACAUACGUCAAGGCUAUCCAGGCUGGUUUGGCCACGCUAUAAGCGGUCGUGUCGUGAUAUCCCUCUUAUAGAAGGGUUUAUUUCUCGAUACCAUUUUGUGUACAUCUUUUCCACCAAGACGUUGGGUCUUGGGCCUUUGUAUAUACAAUAACUUCCAUGCAUUAGAUCGAAUUAGCAUGCCUCUUAAGCAGAAUCGAGUUUCUACUAUAAAAAUUGCCUGUCAGUCUAAGAAAGUAAAUUGAAUCGAGAAAAAACGUAGCUUCCACGACCUCACAGCUUAAAAACUAGGUGAGAAAUAAGGUCAUAUUUGAUUUAGCAUAGA